GUCAAAUUUCAGACAAAAGUCAAAAUACGGGAAGGGGGCGGGACGUAAAGAAAAAUCAUCAUUUUAACGAGCCAACUAGACAGUAUUUUGGGAUUGGUGUUUACGAUAAUCUUACGUUCCCAAUCAAGAACCGCAAUCGCAUUGUAGUAAUCGCGCAAAUUUUGUUUGCAUGUUGAUGUGUCCGGGAAAUACCAAUCUGGUCUAAAUCAAAUACAUAGAAUUCUACAACUGCUUCACAAUGUCCGAGAAUGUGAAUAUCGACCUAUCCGGGGAAAUGAACGCAGCGACUGAAAAGAAAGGAUUUCAUAAGUAUGUGAAUGACAUGGAACUGCUGAUGCAACACAUCCGUAGUGGUGGUGGCCAAGCACUGUUGAUGGGUUUCUUGGCAUCAAGAAGACCCUGGACACAGUUUGUUGCAACAGAAAACUUUAAGGUUCCAGCAUCACUGCCGAGGCUGUCUCGCCGUAUCUACCGAAAUGUGGAAUAUUUCCAAGCCAAUUACUUCAUGGUCUUCCUAGGGUUGUUCUUGUAUUGUCUCAUUACGUCUCCUUUUCUACUUAUAGCAAUGGUUGCUAGCUUCUUUGGCUACAGGAAACUUACUGCUGGCCCAAAUACAUGGAAGAUCGGAAGCUACGAGCUGACGAAAACGCAGCAAUACGCAGUCGCAGCCGCAGGGUCGAUGGCUAUCUGCUGGUUCGCCGGCGUCGGGGCUGUGGUCUUUUGGGUUUUAGGUGCAACAGUGACGAUAGUGGCGCUGCACGCGGGCCUGUUCGACGCGGAGUCGCUCCCGCCCCUGGAAGACGAGCAGUUCCCCAUGAUAGAGCAAGUGUGACACCUGCACCGCCUCACACGCGCCACUACAUGUUUAACGAACCACACUCUGUAAAUUAACCGUACCCUUUCACACCAACUAUGUUUAUCCAUGUGUGUAAUCUUUUACUAACAUUUUAUAAAAUUGUAACUUGAGAACUAGGACAUGUAAUGAAAUUAAACUACGGAUUUGAAGAGGCCACCAACAUACCUAUAUAACUUAUUUAAGUAAAGGUAUAAUCACAAACUAUUUAUACUUAUUUAUUAAUUUCACACAGUUUUGAAAAACAAAAGUAUUAUCUGUAUCCUGGUAAGGCUCAAAAGAGAGAAUUAUGUAUGUAAAAGCCGUGCAACAGGUAUUUAGAAGAUUGUUGAAAAUCCCUUCCAAUACAACUGUUGCUAAAAAGUCGCCGAUUCUGUACCUAAUGGACCGUCAUUGCCGAUAGUGUAGAGGAGUCAUAACAAUAGAUAAUUCUUUGAUACUGGGAAUAAAACAGCAAUUCGUGUAGCCAAUGUUGAGCUAUAGUUCGUUUUUUUUAGCAUUAGAAAGAACUUGCAAGAAGGUAAGCGAUCUUGACAUGUCUUUUAAUUGAAAAACGCUUUUUUAAAAUCAAAAACUAUUACUUAUGAAAGCAAAAGAAUAUAAAUGAUUGUAUUAGAUUCAUAAUUGUUACAUAUUUGCUGUAACUUAUUUUUAAAAUGUGUUUUUCAAUUAAAAGACACAUCAAGAUUGUUUACCUUAUUUCUAAUGCUAAAAAAAACGAACUAUAGUGUAAGAUCGUGGCUCUGGUAGCAAUUUGUGUCGGCAUAGACAGAAAAUCACACAUUGACAUUAACCCAUCUUCCAUGAAAUUGUAUGUACGGACGGGUUUAACUUCAACUUAUCAAGCCUGCCAUCUACCGCACAAUUGCCACCACCUCAACGAUCAAUUUUAUUCAACGUUGACAAAGUUACGCCACGUUACGCUUUCAUUUUAAAACGACAUGCUUAACCUUUUGGACGCCAAUGACCGAUAUAUCCGCACCGCAGGUCCAACGCCAAAGACGGAUCAAUCGGUCACAGACCACAGAGCAACAUAGACCUACGCGCAUGUGCAUAAAGUUCAAUUUCAGUUUUGACACUUCGGUGACGUGACGUGGCGUCCGCGUGACAGUUUUUGUUUGACACGGCGUCGAAAAGGUUAAAUUACAUGACAGUUGACAAUAUUACUUGAAUGGUCAUAUUAUUAUUUCAGAAUAUCGUUUUAAAAAGAGAAUGUAACUGCGAUUGAAUGGCGGUGGCUAUCUUUUUUUAUCAAGACACCUAUUUAUAUCACGUUUUUACUGUUAAGAAUAUAUUUUGGCGUAACUAGGUAUAUUUGUUAUUAACUACUGAUAAAAUCAGUUAUUAUGAGGUCCCUAUAAAAUAUUAAAAAAUAAAACACAUUGCAUCAUUUAA